AUUCAUGUAUACUUUCCAUCUCUGCAAGUAGCAGCAGCUGGAGCAUAUUUGUUUCACAGAAUGGGGAUGUGGUUUCAAAGCAGAAGGAAGCACAGGUCCUUACAGCUCCAAACCUGGAGGACUUAAACUAACUGGACAGUGCACAGAAGGCGAUGGAAGAAUGCAUUCUUCCACUGAGAAGACACCCCCUGUUCUAUGCUUUUGAUGUUUGAAAUAUUGACUAGCCCUUCUGACCUGUAACCCACCACAGAUGUUUAAACCUGUUCCUUUGAAAGUAACUUAAAAAAAUUAGCCUUUUUCAAAAACUGUUACAACUUUAAAUGAUUGAGGAAGUUGAAGUUGAAGGAGGAACUGCGAGCGGCUUGCCGAGAGACCUGCAGUGUGCAGUGCGACUGAGCAGGACUAAGCAGGGCUGCACUCUGCUGAAGAGCUUUCAGAAAUCCCAAAGAGAUGUGUUGCAUUUAAAGGGACAGGGGCUUGGGAAUAGGAUCUGGAUUGAGUUGGUGCUGCUGUACAGGGAGGAGGUGGGGGCUGGAAUAUAAAAGGCUGCAAGAUGGCCAAGUAUCACUGGCAGAGCCAGAACGUCAAGCAGAGUGGGGUGGAUGACAUGGUCCUCCUGUCCAAAAUCACAGAGGACGCCAUCGUGGAGAAUCUCAAGAAACGCUACAUGGACGACUACAUCUUUACAUACAUCGGCUCAGUGUUAAUAUCAGUGAAUCCAUUUAAGCAGAUGCCCUACUUCACAGACAGAGAAAUCGAACUCUACCAGGGAGCUGCUCAGUAUGAGAACCCGCCCCAUGUCUACGCCUUGACAGACAACAUGUACAGGAACAUGAUUAUUGAUGCAGAGAACCAGUGUGUCAUUAUCAGUGGUGAGAGUGGAGCUGGCAAAACAGUGGCAGCUAAAUACAUCAUGGGCUACAUCUCCAAGGUGUCGGGGGGAGGAGACAAGGUGCAGCACGUCAAAGACAUCAUUCUGCAGUCAAACCCCCUUCUAGAAGCUUUCGGGAACGCCAAGACUGUCCGGAACAACAACUCCAGCAGAUUUGGGAAAUAUUUUGAGAUCCAGUUCAGCCGUGGAGGCGAGCCGGAUGGAGGGAAGAUCUCCAACUUCCUGCUGGAGAAGUCGCGAGUGGUGAGCCAGAACGAGAACGAGAGGAACUUCCAUAUCUACUACCAGUUGUUAGACGGGGCCUCCAAGGAUCAGCACGAGGCUCUGGGUAUUAUGACACCGGAUUACUAUUUCUAUCUGAACCAAUCUGGGACCUACAAGGUGGACGGCACUAAUGACAGCAAAGACUUCCAGGAAACCAUGGAAGCCAUGAAGGUGAUCGGCAUCUCCCAGGCUGACCAGGCUCAGGUGCUGCAGAUUGUAGCUGGAAUCCUUCACCUGGGAAACAUCUCCUUCAUUGAGGCGGGCAACUACGGGCAAGUGGAGAGCACAGACUUGCUGGCGUUCCCGGCCUACCUGCUGGGGAUCGAUCAGAACCGACUGAACGAGAAGCUGACCAGCAGGAAGAUGGACAGCAAGUGGGGCGGGAAGUCGGAGUCCAUCGAUGUGACCCUGAACAGAGAGCAGGCCACCUACACCCGCGAUGCCCUGGCCAAGGCCCUGUUCACACGGCUCUUCGACUACCUGGUGGAGGCAAUUAACAAGGCAAUCCAGAAACCGCAUGAGGAAUUCAGCAUUGGAGUUCUGGAUAUCUACGGAUUUGAAAUAUUUAAAAGGAACGGGUUCGAGCAGUUUUGUAUUAACUUUGUCAACGAGAAGCUGCAACAGAUAUUCAUUGAACUGACGCUAAAAGCUGAACAGGAGGAGUAUGUCCAGGAAGGUAUUAAGUGGUCGCCCAUUGAAUAUUUUAACAACAAGAUUGUCUGUGACCUCAUUGAAAACAAACUGAACCCCCCCGGGAUCAUGAGUGUCCUGGACGAUGUCUGUGCCACCAUGCAUGCCAAGGGAGAAGGGGCGGACGGCACGCUGCUCCAGAAACUGCAGGGCGCCGUGGGUACCCACGAGCACUUCAACAGCUGGAACUCCGGCUUCAUCAUCCACCACUACGCAGGCAAGGUGUCCUACGACAUUAACGGCUUCUGUGAAAGAAACAGAGACGUCCUCUUCACGGACCUCAUCGACCUCAUGCAGAGCAGUGAAUAUGCUUUCAUCAGGGGGCUCUUCCCUGAGAGCCUGAACACCGACAAGAAAAGCAGACCCACCACAGCCAGCACGAAGAUUAAGAAACAAGCCAAUGACCUGGUGAACACCCUGAUGAAGUGCACGCCACACUACAUCCGCUGCAUAAAACCCAACGAGACAAAGCGCUCCAAGGACUGGGAGGAGAGCAGGGUGAAGCACCAGGUGGAGUACCUCGGGCUCAGGGAGAACAUCCGAGUGCGCAGAGCUGGCUUCGCCUACCGGAGAGUCUUCAACAAGUUCAUGCAGAGGUACGCUAUCCUGACAGCAGAGACCUGGCCGUUUUGGCGCGGGGACGAGCGGCAGGGGGUGCAGCACCUGCUCCGCGCGGUCAACAUGGACACUGAUCAGUACCAGAUGGGAAAAAGCAAGGUGUUCGUCAAGAACCCAGAGUCGCUGUUCCUCCUGGAGGAAAUGCGCGAGAGGAAGUUCGACACCUUCGCCCGGACCAUCCAGAAAGCGUGGCGGAAAUACAUCGCCAGGAGGAAGUACGAGCAGAUGAGGGAGGAAGCCUCAGAUAUCCUGUUCAACUGGAAGGAGCGGAGGAGGAACAGCAUCAACAGGAACUUCGUGGGGGAUUACCUGGGCAUGGAAGACAAGCCGGAGCUGAGACAGUUCCUGGCCAAGCGAGAGCGCGUCGACUUCGCAGACUCUGUCAACAAGUACGACCGGAGAUUCAAGAGUAUAAAGCGCGACCUCAUCCUGACCCCCAAAGGCAUUUACCUGAUUGGUCGAGAAAAGAUCAAGAAGGGUCCUGAAAAGGGACAGAUCAGAGAGGUUCUGAAGAGAAAGAUGGAGAUUCAGAGCAUCCGGAGUGUGUCUUUAAGCAUGCGGCAGGACGAUUUCUUUGUGAUUCACGAGGAGCAGUAUGACAGCCUGCUGGAGUCCAUGUUCAAGACAGAGUUCCUGAGCCUGCUGUGCAAGCGCUUCGAGGAGCUCACCAAGAGCAAACUGAACCUCAACUUCAGUGACAGGAUCGAGUUCAAGGUGAAGAAGGAGGGCUGGGGCGGAGGGGGGUCUCGUCUGGUCUUGUUUAGCCGGGGCCAGGGCGACGUGGCACAACAGAAACCAGGAGGCAAGACCCUGAGUGUCAGCAUCGGGGACGGCCUGCCCAAAACCUCCAAACCCACGAAGAAAGGCCAGGGCCAGAGCAGAGCCCCUCCUCAGAGAUCUGCCCCUGGGCCCCCUAGAGGUAACUGCAAGAAUGGAGCGGCGCAGUUCUCCCGCAAUGACACCAGGAGGCAGGACCAGCAGUACUCCAUGCCCCAGAAGCAGGGCCGCCCCCCUAUGGGGAUGUUGCCCAAGCAGGGCUCUACGUCCAAGGCCCGGCACGCUGUCCCAGAGGCAGAGAACCUGGAGUUCCUCAACGUGCCCGACCAGGGUGUGGCAGGGAUGCAAAGGAAGAAGAGCAUCAGCCAGCACCGCCCCCCUCCGGCUGUGACGGGACGGCCCAAACCCCAGGCCCGCCCCCAGGGGCCCCGCUGUCGGGCCCUCUAUCAGUACGUGGGACAGGACACCGACGAGCUCAGCUUCAAUGUCAAUGACGUCAUCGACAUUCUAAACGAGGACAGUUCCGGUUGGUGGAGAGGAAAAUUUAAAGGCAAAGAAGGGCUUUUCCCAGGGAACUACGUGGAGAAGAUGUGAAUUCUUCAUCUGAGAAGAAUCUCCAUCACACCCAGGCCCGGGACAAAGGAGCAGCUUUAAACAGUUCCAAGUUGUCAACAUAUGUAUAUGUAUAUAUAUAUAAUCACACCUCCACAGCCACAUGCUGCACCAAACAUGCAGAAAAACAUCGAAAUGUGUUCUGGGGCUAGAUAGUAAUGCUGCAGUCCAGCACAGGAUUUGAAAGGUUGUUCUGCUAUGGGGGUGUGAUCUAUAUACAGUACUGUACAGUCGUGCAAAUAGAGAUGCACACUUACACUGGGGAGAUAAACACACUGGCUUGCAUGCAGUGAAGCCGAUUAGAAAUCCACCUACUUUAAUAUGGUAUUUUAUACAGUUUACCCAACUUGCCAUACUCUUGCAAAGCAAUGCCUAAGCAUUCAGACCCCAUGCCUUACAUAUGCACUCAUCUUCAGCCAUGGAGCACUUACACACAGAUGCAUGCGUUAUGUAUGAAACUAAAGACUGAAUUUUCACAGGAAACAAUGUACACCCCAGCAGAAGCCCGUACCCCUUUUUGCACGAUUUAUACGGUACAGGUUGCUCAAGAAGGGCAUUAGAUGUUGUAUGUUAUAGAGAGAGGUCGAUCAUCUGUGAUCAUCCUGUAUGGAGUAUUGAUCGAUCAGCCUGCGCAAUGCUUGAUGAACCACUCUUAUUUAUUGAGAGCUGAAUGAAGCACUGCUCCUUGCAGAGGGAGGGAGAGCAGUUAUUGGAACAGCUCGGUGUUCUUUGAGAAUCGUGGGACCCGGCUUGAAUCCAGUCAGCCCUGUAUUUAAUAUAUUUUAAUAGUAGAACAAGGAUGCCAGCUGCUAAGGGACAUUGCGUUAGUGCAGUGCACCCCGAGCAGCCUGCAGUGAAACCAAAUGAAAGCAUCGUCAUCAACAUGUGAGUUAUACCAAAGAACUUACAGUGUGUGCAAUAAGGUGCUACUGAGUUCUUACAGCCUAGAGUGUAGCUAUAUUUAUGUGCCCACAAAAAUGUAAGAUACUUCAAUGUGAUUGAGGUUCACAGUCCAUGUUGUUUUCAAAUUCAUUUUAAAAGUAAUAAAUAUGUUUUAGAUCAAACAUUUUGAAAGAAUGGUUAUUUGCUAUGCAUGAGGAAGUGUUGUAUAACCUCCAACUGCUGCAAGUAGAAACAGAAACCUGCCUAAUUAGAUCACAAAGUAACAUAGUGGGGAGCCAAUGAAGUUGCUUUUGACGAAUGUAAACAAUGGUCGACUUUCUAAGGUGUGUGUGGAAUACACACACUCACGCAGACACACACACACAGACAGACACAGAGACACACAGACACAGACACACACAGAGACAGACACACACACACAGACACAAACACACACAGACAGACACACACGCACACACACACAGACACUUAAAAACACACACACACACUCAGAAUGAUACACAACUAGCAAUAAACUUGACACCAAAUAAAUAUGUUUUAAAAUUGAGGGACAGUGCAGAUUUAACCUCCAUUGUUUUCUUUUAUGUAAACUUAAAAAAAAAAAAAAUCACCUCAAAGUUCGGUACUGAUUUAAGACGAUAUGUGUAAGGUAUUUGGGAGAUUGUUACGUUACUGCCAUCUACAGGCUGUUAAGAGAUAUGACAUUCUAUGGGGGUAGAUACUGUUUGUGUGUGUUGACCAGCACUAAUGCAGUUGGUUUUUGCAUCUCUUUGUUUAUCACCUAAUAACAUGUACACUGGGUUCAAUGUAUAGUCUUUGAUUACAUCUAUAGAAGGAUUAUUUUAGUUUCCAUGCAUGCAUCAUGUGUGUCGUGUAAUUGUGUAGUUUUUUUUUUUCUAUCUAACGUCUUUGUAAAUUAAUGAGAACUACUGCUCCCCUAAACCUGGAAUGUCGUUGGUGUUCCUGUAUAAUGUACACAAUCGUUUUUUAUAGAUUUUUUUUUCUGUAUUCAGUUAAAAAAAAAAAAAAAGAGCUUUUUCUGAAGUAUUGUGAAUGAAAAAUAAAAGCAGUAUUGCAUCCUUU